CAACAAAUUGGGCGGGUGCCUUUGCUUAUGAAUCAUCCGAACUGAAUUUCAGAGCCCUAAAUAACUCUCCGUACAAUUUCACUGCGAGAAGACGAAGAAGAGCAUGAGCAACGAUAAACAGUUCGAAUUCUGCGUUGUUUGCAAGCUCAAUCACAAUCAAAGACGCCGCCAUAACUUCCUCCCUAACCACAAGAAGUCGCUCGCGGCGGUGCUCUCCCGUUUCCAAUCGAAGCUUUCCGAUAUCCGGUUCUUCCUAAAAAACCCUAUCCCUCUGCGCCCUGAGCAUGCUUCGCUUAACCGACUUUGGUGUAUCUUCUGCGAGUGUGAUAUACUUGAACUCGACAGCUUCUACGCUAGUGACAAUGCGAUUAGGCAUUUAUCUGGUGCGGAUCAUAUGAAGAAAGUUAAAGGUUUUUUGUGGAAGUAUGGUGGUGGAAUGGACAAGGUUGAUACUCUUCGGAUUACAGAGACUGACUUCGCCAAGUGGGAGAAGAAGUGCAAUCUUUCGAAGAAGGGAGCUCUUGAUGGAGGAUCUCAUGCAACGUCAAUUGGACCGUCAAAUGAUAUCCAAAAUAAAACUAACUCUGACUAUCUAAAUUGUUUUGAAAAAGAUAAUAUUCAUGCUCUUAACGUUGAUGUUUCAAAUAGUGUUGUACCUUUACAAAAUUAUACGAAUGAGAGAUCACAGAUAUUUGAAAACAAAAUGCAUAGUGUUACAAAUGGCCCUAAUACAAGCAGUACGUGCAUGGGCGUACAACUCGGUGAAGAUGCUUGUUCCUCCAGUGGCGUAUCAAAUGCCCAAAAGAUCUUGGGGUUUCAUGCCACAGCUUCUCACCAAUGUCUUAAUGGAGGUUCUGUAACUUCGGAUGGAAGAAUGACAAAGGGGAUGAAGAGUUCUCUGGGUACACCAAGCAUUACCCAGAUAUCUUUAACGUUUCAAGAAGAUUCCCUUGGCAAUGUUCAUUCUGGAGCACCUCCUCCGUGGUUCAAUGUGGCGGAAAAAAGUCAGCUAGAUUUUAUAUCAAAUCCCGGAAGAAGUGACCCCUUCCCUCCCAAUCAGAAGAAGAAGUCGAAACUAAACCCAAACCGGGUUGGUGCUGCUUGGGCAGAGAGAAGAAGAGUUGAACUGGAGUUGGAGAGUAAAGGGGAGCUCGUGACAAACACUUUCGAUGUGAACUGGCUCCCAAAUUUUGGCAGAGUUUGGCAAUCAGGUACUAGGAAGGAAUCUAGAAAAGAAUUUCAGCUGGGGAAUCACAAAUCUUCUGAGGUUGAAAGCCAACCCCAGAGUAUGGUGCAGUUACAGCCUUAUGUCAGCAAGCGAAAGAGCAGUGUUCCCUGAGCGACCAUUUAUUCUGAUAUACUUUGAUGAGAUGUUCCCUUCGCAAAGAUCCUGUUGAUGAUGAGCUUGACUGACCUGCUCUCUAUGGUGACCAAAUUAUGAAAAUUCAUGUGUACAUUCUUCUUGAUUUGCUCUCCCCACCCAAACUAUCAUUUUUUAUGCUUUUUGGGUUUCCCAGUAUUGUGGUAUGAGUUGGGGUAACUAGAUUAUAGUAAAGUUCAUGAUCAAGUUAUUAAAACCUGUAGAUUGUUGUCAUGUUAAUUUUUCCUAAUGAGAUCUUGGUUCUAGCAAAAUUUUGGGCACAAGUUGCCUAUGUACAGUCUGUUUCUUGUAUUAAUGCCUUUAAUUGGCUCAAAGUUCCACUUGUAUUCCUCUUCUUUUUUGCUU